AUGGCAACUAAGAUUAAAAGUACCGGAGACAUGUCAUGGAGUAAACUUCUAACAGUGGGACGAACCUAUCCGCUUUGUAAUGGGAUGAGUUUCUUGGCCAACCCUGAGAAUAGAGUCUUAGUGUAUCCAAUUAAAUAUAAGAAUUCUAGUAACUGCUUACACAUUGUGGAAACGGAUAAAUAUAUAAAAAUAGAGCUUCAUGACGUAGGAUCUGAAUCUUCACUUCCUCACAG